UGACUAUCUGUCCAUUCCAUCUCAAAAAUGCAGGCUACACAGCAGUCCUGGGAGCUCGAAAACGCGAUAACCGUCUUCGACCCCCAACGCGAUGCUCUCUACCAAUAUGACGAAGCCACACAGAAAUCCCUCAAUGCUGAACGACCCUGGGCCUCCGACCCCUACUAUUUCAAGUAUGUCAGGGUCUCCGCCACGGCACUAUUGAAGAUGGUGAUGCACGCCCGCUCCGGCGGCUCAUUGGAAGUGAUGGGUCUAAUGCAAGGCUAUAUCUUACCAAACACCUUCGUCGUGACAGACGCAUUCCGCCUGCCCGUUGAGGGUACAGAAACCCGAGUCAAUGCGCAAGACGAGGCGAACGAGUACAUGGUGUCAUAUCUGCAAUCAUGUCGGGAUGCGGGACGCAUGGAAAAUGCUGUUGGAUGGUAUCACAGUCAUCCCGGGUAUGGGUGCUGGCUAUCGGGCAUUGAUGUGGCUACGCAGCAAACGCAGCAAAUGACGGGUCCGUUCGUUGCUGUUGUCAUUGACCCUGAGCGUACCAUAUCCGCUGGUCGUGUUGAGAUUGGUGCCUUCCGUACAUUCCCUGAUGGCUUUGUCCCGUCGAAGGAGGCCCACGAGGAUGAUGAAUAUCAGACUAUCCCGCUUGGCAAGGCGGAGGACUUUGGAGCACAUGCCAACUCAUACUAUUCCCUCGAUGUCAGCCAUUUCAAGAGCACGCUCGAUGCAGAAAUAUUAACUCUCCUGUGGAACAAGUACUGGGUUGCAACUCUCAGUCAAAGUCCACUCUUCACCUCGCGCGAUUUCGGCAAUAAGCAGAUGCUGGACCUCGGUCAGAAGGUACGCAAAGCCGCACGUGGAAUGGAGAACACAGGGCCUCGAACUACUGGCUCUACCACCAAGGACCAACAGUUGGAAAAGGUCGUCCGCGGUGGACAGCGCAUUGUCGCAGAAGAAACGAAGGGUCUGCUCGCGUCGGAAGUGAAGAUGAAACUCUUCCACGGCAUUGGAAAUGAUCCCUCUUCCACGGCCUGAUCCCACAUUUUAUUGUAUCUUAGACAGUAGAUGUUGACAUGACCGGCACGCUUCUUUUCUUUUCAACUGGUGUAUUGGCGCUUAGCGGGUUGAUGUUUGAUAUCUUUGCUACAUUCGCUGGCAUUGUUCCAGUUGACAGGCCUUGCUAUGUCCAGCGGCCUCUGCAAUGAAUCAUGAUGAUAGAGUAUCUACAACAGCAGUUCCUGCGAAUGAACGAACGAACUUAACG